AUGCCAUUCCAACGCUCCAACAGCACGGCUUCCACGCAGCUUCUGUCAGCACCGACACAUGAGCUCGGAACAUCCAGCUUCUCGUCGCUCCCACCGGUCAUCGCGACCAAGUCAGCCCUUGCUGAGUCAUCUUCCAAGGCGCGUCACAAUCCGCAAGCUGCAGCGACCACCUCUGCGCGCAAACAGCACCACGUCUCGUUCAAGGAAGAUGCGGAGCCUCCGGCACAAAACACAAGACAUCGUGGCCGCAAUCAUCGCGCAUCCAACGCCAGCUCUCGUCCAGACGCGUCCGAUCUGAAGGACAAAGCGUCAGAGCAUGGCAGCUCCCGGCACUCGGCCUCGCGUGCGUCCUCGCGUCAGAGCCGCCGCGACGCCAGCGAACACGAAUCUUCCAGAUCGAUUGCCGGCGACAGCGCUGCUAGCGCUUCGUCUCGCCACCGCAGAUCUCGCCAUCGUCGCGACCGACGCUCCGAGCGCUCGCAGCAGUCUCAGACUGAGCACACACCCAAAUCGAAUCCUGAAGACUCGGCAGCCCCGUCAGGAUCUCGAGGUGCGGCUUCCUCUCGAUCAGAGGCGUCCACUUCUCCAUGCAAAAGGGAUGCGAGGUCAAAGGACGAUAUUAUCUCAGGAAAGCGCAGCAGACAGCAUUCCACGCAGGCAAUCCUUCCGGAUCUGCGCAAUCACGAAGCUUCGCGGUCUGAGGCGGGAGCCCGCUCUCACCAUUCGUCGUCAAGCCGCCGAGAUCGAUUUGCUGUAUCUCAAGAUGCUCGAAGCAUGCCGGGAGAGUCUUCGACCAGUCGCUCUGGUCGCCAGCUGUUUGAUCCGAGACGCGACGAUCCGGUCAAAUUUGCUACGCAGCAGAGAAGCCAAGUCGAUGCUCGCUCCGCGUCUGGCGCUCCUUCUCCUCGCCUUCCUUCAGCGUCCUCCUCUCAGCCCCAGAUUUUGAUGCGUAGAGAUCCUUCCAGCACCUCGAGCGGCAGCCACCUCGGUAGGAGCCCAAUCAUCAAGCCGUCCGUCUCCGACAUUCCCUUCACGCCCAUCAUCGAUGCAUCCGAUCCCAGAGCUCUCCAAGCGCAUGUGGUCGAGGUCAAAAAGGUGUACCGAUCCCUCUCGUCCAUGGAGGCCACUCUGCAAGACGUGCACGAGGCCGAGGUCGAGAAAGCGCGCCUUGACAUGGCUGACUAUACCCCACCAGAUCUGCGCGAUCGCUUCUACUGGAUCACCCUGAUCAGCAAACAUCGUCAGCUGGCAGAGCUACACUCUUCUUUUCUCGAGAUGACUUGUCGAUCCGAGUUCCCACGUGAGCUCCAGGAGCUGGCCGAAGUCCGCAACAUGCCGUCGCGCUUAUGGCAGACAGCCUUCCAUCUCAUGCUCGAGAGCCUCCGAACGAGCCUCUCUUCGAAUCACCAUCUGCAAAGCAAUCAGCGUAGGGCUGAACUGCUGGACCAUCUCACCGAGUUCAUCUACUAUGCCUAUUCCUUCUAUUCCGCCUUGCAGGAGUCUGAACGGUACAAGAACUUGCGCAGAGCCUGGAUCGAAAGCCUCGGUGAUCUCUCCCGCUACCGAAUGGCAGUGGCUAGUUUGGCAUCCACCAUAGAUGGUGGGGGCGACGAGAUUCGCAACAAGCAAAGCGACGCUCGUUGCUCCGCUUCACCCGUCGCUGCACGCAUCGAUGAUGACGACAAUGACGCCGAAGAGCACGAUGAUUGCUCCGCCCUCAAUGACAUCUUGGCCGACGAAGACGAUGAAGGUGACGAACUUGACCCACGCCCUCCUCACCAUCACCGAGAGGCAGGCGCGUCAUCUCGCAAUCGGAUGGAUGCAAAUCCUGCAAACGAGAUCGACAAGGCAAGCAUUGGCAGCGCCGCACUAGGCGACUGGGAGUGUACCGAGAAAGAGACGUGGCGCCAGACAGCCAAGGGCUGGUAUGCUAUGGGCAUCACAGAAACCCCCAACAUCGGAAGGCUCCAUCAUCACCUUGGAGUGCUCAGCCGAGGUGAUCACGAUCUGAGGGCUCUCUACCAUCUCUCCAAAAGCCUCAUCGCCGCCAAGCCCUUUGCGUCGGCUAGAGACAGUAUUUUCACUCUGUUUGAUCAGGCGAGACAGGCUCGUCGCUUGCGCCGCGACAGCUCUAUCGAAGAGCUUUUCCUCUACCUGCACGGCAUCCUCAUCACUCGUGUUCAACUGGACGACUUUGAACCAGUAUUUGAUCGGCUCAUGGCCAGACUCACCAGGCUUGUCGAGCAGAAAGGGCCGGCAGGUCUGCCUCAAUCCGUCUGGAUCAUGAUGGCUGUUGUCAACGUUGCAGGGCUGUUCCAGUACGGGGUUGAAGAUUCGGUUCUUGCCGAUCUUCUGCUGCAACAAGCCGGAAAGUCGGGCGGGCGGUCGAAUCGGACGGCGCGGUCAAAGGCGAGCACGCCGACUGCCAUCCUUGUUAGCUUGAACCCAGCCAAGACGGACGACAACCUUCUCAGCGAGCUGCCAAGGGACGCCGAGUGGGACGAUCCAAGCGACGACGAGUCGGACGCCGGCGAAGAGAUCCAGGUCAUCUCUUUAGAGGCCAAGAGCGGCAACGACGAGCAAGAGGCAGCGGAUGAGUUGCCCAGCACUCUCGAGCAGGCCGCCACGCUCUCCUUUUCCAUGCUAUCGCUUACCUUUGACCUCUCGAGCGAAGAUGCACCCUUUCGAUCCAAUCCUUACAACACCACCAUCAGCACGUUCCUCGUGUCGCUUUGUCAGUCCAAGAAGGCUUUCAGGAUGCUCGAGCGCUUCGUACCAUGGAAUGCGUGGUUGCAGAGCGUCGAAAGGUCGGUCUCUCUGACAGAGCGCAACUGGCCCAAGUGUCUAUCGAGCCCGUACAUUACAGCACAACUGCUGCUUCCCGAGGACUUUUGCCUGCGCGGUAUCCUAGGCCUAUCACGCCACCUUUACGAUCGAAACCUUUGGCGCAAUGCAACCAAUGACGGUGCCGUCGCAGCACCACAGGGGUUCGACAACGAGGUGGAGGUACUGGACGCCGACGAUGCAGAGCUCUAUACGAGGACAGAGUCGGCCUGGCGCAUCGCGGCCUCUCGCAGAAAAGACGGAUCCGACGGUCUCCUUUCCUUGGAUUCAGUUCGAAGCUAUCGUCUGGCUUUCGUCGCUCGAAAGUUAGCCAAGGCCGCCCGUGGCUUUGAUCUUGACACCAAGACCUCCGUGCUGUCUCUCUCAAGGAUGUUGCUUGCUCGCCUAAGGCGACGAAAGAUGGAGGACGAACAGCGACAGCUUGAGCUUCGUAUUCAGGAGCUUUCGUUCCGAUCUCCCGCUGCGAUAGCCAUUCUAGCGCGAGAGCAAGAACAGCGCGAUGAUCUGGACUCAGAUGACGAUUUCGAUAGUGACUGGGAUUCGGAUCCCGAGGGCCCUCGUCCUGAGUCCGCUCAUUCCACGACGCUGGCAGCAUUCGCAGGAAACCAUAGCGAAGAUCUGAUCGACGAGAUACAAUCUCUCCACGCUCGAAGCUGCUAUCUCAAGGACGUGCUCAAGAACCUCGGCCAGAAGCUUUCCUCGGCUCCUUCCAAGACAGGCAGAGGGAACGAGCAAGCAGUCAGAAAGAAGGGCGCUGUGGUCCAGCCCAAUGCAUGCGACGAUGUGACUCCGGGGUACACUGUCCUCGUUGUCGACACCAACAUCAUUGUCACGCCGGGCGAAGUGAUAGCGCAACUCAUCCAAUCGCGACGUUGGACAGUCAUCGUCCCCUUAGCAGUCAUCACAGAGCUUGACGGCCUGCGCAGGAACGACAACGAGCUUGGCAAGGAAGCGGAGCGCGCAAUCCAGUUCCUAGAGUCUCGCAUCAAGACCCACUCCAAGUACGUCAAGGUACAGACGAGCCGUGGCAACUACCUGAACGAUCUCUCGUGCCGCUCCGAAGAAAUUGAUUUUACCUGGCAAGGUUCGGGAGCAACCGGCGCAGCAGGAGGAGGAGGAGCAGCAGCAGCAGGUGCGACACCGGACGGCUCGCCGCGACUUGAAGCCGCCAACGCAGGCGAGACGAAGUCCGUCGCCGCGCGGAACGUCGACGAGGUCAUCCUGCGCAUCCUCGCUUGGCAGAGGGACAACUUUGUCGAUCGCCGCAAUCUGCUGCAGGUCGGUGGCGGUGACGGCGGAGCGAAGCCGUCGGUGUCAGCGCACAAGAGCGUGCUGUUGACGUUGGAUCGCAAUCUGCGCAUCAAGGCCAAAAGCCGCGGUCUGCCAAGCCUGGAUGCGAAGGGCGCUGCGAGUCUCAUUGAUCUUGCGUCGUGA